AUGACAGGGGCUCCUCCCCCGCUGGAGAUGACAAUGGCUCCUUACGGCAGCGGCUCCUCCCCCCCUGGAGACGACAGUGGCUCCUCCCCCCCUGGAGACGGCAGUGGCUCCUUCCUCACUGGAGACGGCAGGGGCUCCUCCCCCCCUGGAGACGGCAGCGGCUCCUCCCCCCCUGGAGACGGCAGUGGCUCCUCCCCCCCUGGAGACGGCAGUGGAUCCUUCCCCCCUGAAGACGGCAGGGACUUUUCCCCCCCUGGAGAUGACAGUGGCUCCUUCCUCACAGGAGAUGACAGGGGCCCCUCCCCCCCUGGAGAGGGCAGUGGAUCCUACCCCCCUGGAGAGGGCAGCGGCUCCUCCCCCCCUGGAGAUGACAUCAGCUCCUCCCCCCCUGGAGACGGCAGCGGCUCCUCCCCCCCUGGAGAUGACAGUGGCUCCUCCCACCCUGGAGACGACAAUGGCUCCUUCCUCACUGGAGACAGCAGGGGCUCCUUGCCCCCUGGAGACAGCAGCGGCUCCUCCCCACCUGGAGACGGCAGUGGCUCCUCCCCCCCUGGAGACGGCAGUGGAUCCUUCCCCCCUGAAGACGGCAGGGACUUCUCCCCCCCUGGAGAUGACAGUGGCUCCUUCCUCACAGGAGAUGACAGGGGCCCCUCCCCCCCUGGAAAGGGCAGUGGAUCCUACCCCCCUGGAGAGGGCAGCGGCUCCUCCCCCCCUGGAGAUGACAGCGGCUCCUCCCCCCCUCGAGACGACAAGGCAAGCAGAACGUGAUUCAGAUGAGGACCAAUGAAAAAAUUGAAGUGGAUUUAAGGUAACUUAACGUUGGGGAAGUUGCCAUUGGAUUCCAUUGCCAUUGAAGAACGUACUGCAUAGUAAAGGGGAGUAUGACAUUAGAAGACCCAGUGUGGUAUUCACUUACUAAUCACUUGCUAAUUACUAAUCACUUUGUUUUAUUUUUGUCUUGGGUGCAGUGUACAUGUAUGUUCCAUUUUAAAUUAGUCUGUGUAAUUUAAUUAAAUUCAUAUGCAGCAUAUUGAUAUUAGGACAUACUGGGCCAUAUUUUCAAAUAAUUUACUCCAGUUUUUAAUGAACUCCUUUUAGGACACAGUGAAUCCAAAGGCUUGUACUUAUCUUAUAUAUAUAUAUAUAUAUAUAUAUAUCUUACGACUCAUUCAUUAAAAAUUAACUCAGAGGUAUAAAGUGAAACUAACCAACAGGUACAAACUCUUGUCAACAACAAAAUUAGAUUUUCAAGAAUCAGUGGCUGCCUGUGAGACAGACUGGGAAGGUUACCAG